AAUAAGAGGACGAAUUAUGUAGUUACGAGAGAGAACGCAUUCCGAAUACAGUUACUGACAGAGACUGUUUAGUGCACGGAGAACACUUUUCGAUAGGACAAGAUGUAAACGUGGCAGCAGGCGUGAGAUCAUUAAAAAAGUAUGGCGUCACCCGUGCCCCAUCAUGUCCUUUUUGCAAGUUUGAUACUGGUGUCACUGGCGGCAGGGGAGGAAACACCAACAACCGUCCUCCAAACACUCCUGCGGUCCUACGACGGAAACCUGAGACCAAAGUUCAGACGCGAGCCAGUGACCGUACUGGUCGACUACUAUAUUCAACAGCUCUUCCAGAUGGAUGAAGAGGCCCAGGAUCUGUCUCUGACGAUGUAUUUCCGACUACUCUGGCGUGACCCCAGACUGAAAUUCCAAGGCCAGCAGUUUAGCAGUAUAAAUGUGCCUACGAGUUCAAUCAACCUGAUUUGGAAACCCGAUUUAUUUUUCCCUCGUGCCAAGUCCGUAGAGAAGGAGACGGAACCAGUUGGUCAUGAGAUGUUAAGGCUGUCGUCUGUGGGGGAUAUCUUGUACAGCCGGAGACUCCUGGUCAAGGUCCCCUGUGACAUCAACUACAGGGGCUUCCCGUGGGACAGUUUCAACUGCACAGUGGAUAUAGAAUCGUACGCAUCAGCAAAAGAAGACCUUGUCAUUGAGUGGAAGGGUGAUGCUAAAAUCGUGAAGUCCGCUGCGGGGCUUCAGCGGUUCUCCAUCGCUAACAUUACACACCAAAGCAUGACUCAGAGCUUAAGUACAGGGAAUUAUCAACGUCUAUUGUUGACAAUCUCUCUAACGAGAUCUGCCGGUCACUACGUCACACAGUUUUAUCUUCCCUGGGUCUUCCUCGUCAUCUUCUCCAACCUUGCCCUCUGGAUUCACCGCAGAGCCCUCUUUGCAAGGUUUAUGGUACUACUCUCUGUUGUCAUCGCAACGGCAGCGCAUUCUAUUGGGAACAGAUUGAACUAUAAACCACCCACUGAUUACGUCACGCCCCUGGAUGUGUACGGUGCUGUUUGUUACAUCCUCAUCUUUCUUGCCAUGGCCGAGACCGCAGCAGUAGCCGUCAUUGAGAAACAAAAACCGCAGAAGAAUGAACCGAAUAUGUUGCCUUUGGAGUCGACAAGCAUGCAACCUUCGGAUGCUGAUGACAGCAAACCCCUUCACGUCCAAGGACGAAGAGCGCCAUCUUUUCUCGCCCAUGUUGAUGUCGUCACUCGGAUUUCAUUCAUUAUCGUUUUCUCACUCUUCAAUCUGAUUUAUUGGUUGGCCUGCACUCUGUAAUUGUGCUUAUAUUACAAGAACCGGGGAGAAAGUGAAGAGAAUGGACAGCUGUCAGGAAAGAUUGAAAGUGUCACUAUGCGUGAAUCGAAAUUUGUUCACACGUGAUCAAAUAAACAUAAGUGUGAAUCCACACGUGAUCAAAUAAACAUAAGUGUGAAUCCAGGAGCAAAGAGCAAAUGAUACAGAGCAUCUUCCCAGCAUUUCUUUUAGUAUAUCAUGAUAUAAUAGAACAUCAAUUUUCCAAUCGGACAGUUAUUUCUUGACGAACUGAAAACACGUCCAUCAUGGAAAAAGGCGAAGAUGAGCCUAAAGGCCUCCUCCGUUUGUACACGUACAUGACAUGUAUUUGAAAAGUUAAAGUGUGUAGACAGGCAGAUAUAGCCUACAGAUAUCAUAAAUACCGAGCUUCAGCGAAUUUACAAUA